AUGCUCGGGGGCCCUGAGCACUUCUUUUUCCUGGCCGGCUUGCUGUCGGAGGAUGUCCUCGAGGAUGCGCUUGGUGCAGUGUCCCCCCAAACUGACAAGGAGUUCGCUGAGGCCAUUGAGGCUAUCCGACUGAAACUGAGCCGAGAGAUUGGUGGGUCUAUCGAGGUGGAGAAGCUCGUCUCACAUCCCCCGUCUCGUGGAGCAGCUGAGGAGGUCUCCCAGUUCAUUGCGAGGUUGGAUGAAUGCCAGGUGCGAUGUCGAGUCGCUGGUGCUGCUCUAGCGGAUGCUCAACUAAUACAGGCAUACAGGGUUGGUGUCCAUCUGGAGGUCGCCCGCGAGGCAAGCUAUGAGUAUCCCUCCGUGUGGAAGGACUUCAGACUACGUGCUAUAACGAGGGCCAUCCGCAUGGAAGGAUGA